AUGAUAAGUCGGUUUAGUAAGAGAUGGACUUUGGGCCUGAUGAUGUUGGCCCUGGUCAUCGUUUUAUGGGUUUUGUCUUCCUUUAUGAUUAAUCUGAUAUUUGAGGAUGGAUCUUAUAGAAAACCGUUUUUCAUUACUUAUAUCAAUACUGCAGCAUUUACAUUUUAUCUUUUACCAACUUCGAAAGCUAUUCUUAAGAAUUAUUGGAGGACCGGACAAUGGAAUAUACAUGAUCAAUUGAGAAUACAAGAGGAAGGAAGUGGCUCAGGUGAAGUAGGGAGUCCACUGAUACCCAAGAGUGAUUCCAGUGAUGAUGGCGAAAGACUCUCGCUUUAUGAGACUAUUAAAUUGAGUGCAGAGUUUUGUAUACUGUGGUUUUCGGCCAAUUUUGUCACUAAUGCUUCGCUUUCCUAUACUUCAGUGGCUUCUCAAACCAUUUUAUCAUCUACCUCUUCUUUCUUCACUUUAUUUGUGGGAGCACUGUGCCGUGUGGAGAAGAUCAGCAAGGUUAAGGUUAUUGGAUCAAUGGUGUCAUUUUUUGGUAUCUUACUAGUGACAAGAUCAGACUCCAAACCUACUCAUAUCAAACCACUUCCUGGCUCUCGUGAUAUCCUAGACCAGAACAAUGACGCAUUUAAGACUCUGAUAGGUAAUAUUUUGGCUCUCCUUGGCGCCCUGCUCUACGGUGUUUACAGUACGCUGUUAAAGCGGAAGGUGAAGGAUGAGUCCCGUGUCAAUAUGAAGGUUUUUUUUGGGUUUGUUGGUUUGUUCACUCUGAUAUUCCUGUGGCCAUCAAUGAUUUUACUUCACUACAUGGGUUGGGAAACUUUUGAAUUGCCCUCCACGUCCCGCGUAAUCGCUAUUGUUGUGGCCAACUGUUUGAUCACUUUCGUUUCGGAUUUCUGUUGGGCCAAUGCAAUGCUUUUGACGAGUCCUUUGACUGUCACUGUUGGUCUAAGUGUCACUAUACCAUUCGCCAUGUUUGGCGAUUUUAUAUUGAAGCACAAGCCCAUGACUUUGCUUUAUCUUCUGGGAGCCAUUCUAAUACUCGGGUCAUUCUUCAUCAUCAACAAGAGUUCAGAAGAAGAGAAUUUAGAGAAUCUGAUAGAAGAUGCAGAUCGAGAUAUUAAUGAUAGAAUAACCGCUUAA